GUCCGCUUUGUCUUCUGACUUCUCCAACUUUCUCUCUCUGAUCCCUCUACAGUUCAUCGGAGUUCUCGCCUCUUUUUUUUUCUUUUCCACGGCAGCCCGUCUCCUCUAUCUCCAUUUUAAAGACUAAGACGUCCUCUUCAGCAGUUAAGAUCGAGCGGCCGCGAGAGGAGACAGAGAGAUGGCGGCCAUGGGUGGAAGCACAGAUCUUUUGGGGUUGAAGGGAUCUCCGUUCUCUAGCUAUGAGGGACUCAGGCGAGGAGAUUACUCGAGCAGGAAAGCCGCAUUCACCGCAAGGAAUCAAGCGGGAUUCAUUGGAUUCAGAGUUCCAAAAUCCAAAGCUGUUAAGGCCAUGGCUUCUCCAACUGUUACUGCUCCCAAACGCGAGAAAGACCCCAAGAAGCGGAUAGUCAUUACAGGGAUGGGCCUUGUUUCUGUCUUUGGAAAUGAUGCCAACAUAUUCUAUGACAAGCUCCUAGAGGGAAAUAGUGGAAUUAGCUUGAUUGAUAGAUUUGAUGCAUCAUCAUUUUCUGUCCGCUUUGGAGGCCAGAUUCGUGGCUUCUCAUCUGAAGGUUAUAUUGAUGGAAAGAAUGAUAGGCGACUUGAUGAUUGUUGGAGGUACUGCCUUGUUGCUGGCAAACGAGCCCUGGAAGAUGCUGAUCUUGGACCAGAACAGUUACAAAAUAUGGACAAAUCUAAAUUUGGAGUAUUGGUUGGAUCGGGCAUGGGUGGGUUGAGUGUUUUCAGCAAUGGAGUUGAGAACCUUGUCUUGAAGGGCUACAAGAAAAUUACUCCAUUCUUCAUUCCUUACUCUAUUACCAACAUGGGAUCUGCACUUUUGGCAAUAGACCAAGGGUUAAUGGGGCCAAAUUACUCAAUUUCUACAGCAUGUGCAACUGCAAACUACUGCUUCUAUUCUGCUGCAAAUCAUAUUAGGAGAGGUGAAGCAGAUGUCAUGGUUGCUGGUGGAACAGAGGCUGCGAUUAUGGCCACUGGUGUUGGUGGCUUUAUUGCAUGCAGGGCACUCUCUCAAAGGAAUGAUGAGCCAGAGAAAGCCUCAAGACCAUGGGAUAAAAGCAGAGAUGGUUUUGUCAUGGGAGAAGGUGCUGGGGUGCUGAUAAUGGAGAGCUUGGAGCAUGCAACAAAAAGAGGAGCAAAUAUUAUUGCAGAGUACCUUGGAGGUAGCAUUACCUGUGAUGCAUAUCACAUGACAGAUCCCCGUUCUGAUGGACUUGGUGUAUCAUCCUGUAUAAUAAAGAGUUUAGAAGAUGCAGGAGUUUCACCAGAAGAGGUGAACUACAUCAAUGCUCAUGCAACGUCUACACUUGCUGGAGAUAUGGCAGAGGUUAAUGCCAUCAAGAAAGUUUUCAAAGAUACCUCUGAAAUAAAGAUGAACGGCACAAAAUCUAUGAUUGGCCAUGGUCUUGGAGCUGCUGGUGGAUUAGAAGCUAUAGUUACCAUCAAGGCGAUUACUACCGGAUGGUUGCACCCCACACUUAAUCAAGACGACUUGGAACCUGAUGUUACAAUAGACACAGUACCCAACGCUAAGAAGAAGCACGAUGUCAAUGUUGCUAUCUCGAACUCAUUCGGCUUUGGUGGACACAAUUCAGUUGUGGUUUUUGCUCCAUUCACACCAUAGGUGCUUCUGUUCCCCAUGCAAAAUUUUCCGGUGUGGUUGCUUCACGCUGGUUGGAGUCAUAGAAAGUUGAUGAAGCAAGAACUGACCAAUUCUAAGCCCCGCUGAUUGAAGAGUCUCGCUUGUUUUUCGCAUCCUUCGGCAGAAUUUUCUUGUAUUGAUCAAGUGUCUUUGUUUCUAUUCAUCAACAUUGUAAAACGUUUCUAGAUGGUUUCUCCUUACGAAAACAUUUUUCAGCAUUAGAAUCAUUCGAAAUGAAACAAGGCCAAGGGAAUGGUGUUGAUGCUUCACAUCAUGCAACUGACUGCAAGUUAGAGAUUUCCUUUUUCUUGUUCCAAUAAUAAACAUGUUUACUGAUUGCUUCACCAUA